AUGAAGGCGCUGCUCCUGCUCUGCUGCUUCCUGGCCUCCCUGCUGCUCUCAGGACAAGCAGAACUGCAAGUCUCUGCUUCGGGUGGCACAGAAGAUGUUGGCAAUUUGUUGGAGAAUCAUUUCUCUGCUGGAGACGCAAGUCUAGAGGAGAAAGAAAGGGCGCUUUAUGCAGAUGCGGCCCCUGGAGACAAGAACCUGCUCCUUCACUACUCAGACGGCAGGGGGGCUGAGAGCUUGGAGCAGCCUCCUGCAGGGGCCCCUUCCACCGCCAACGGCCAGGGCUCCGAGUCCGAAGCUAGCCUGUCCAAUACCUCAGCUGCAGAGUCAGCUCCACCUGGGGAUGUCGAAGGGCCUGGGGAGGAAGAGGAGGGCCCACAUGCAGCAGGCGCCCUUCCUCCAGGAGGGGUUGAGGGGCCAGAAGAAGAGAGGCCAGAGUUCAGUUCUGGAGAGGAAGCAGGACAGGAGGAGGCUGGGGUGGGGGUCCCCACAGAGGGGGUUGCCAGUAUGGAGGCAGAAGUGCAGGAGGGAAGUAGUGGGGCCCCUGAGGAAUUACAGGGACUCUUAGGAGAUGGGCCUGUGAAAGAAGCAGCAGCAGGGACAGCAGAGUCUGAAGCUACCCAAGAGGCAGAAGGUGAGGGCAGCACAGGCUCUGCCCACCAAUCCUCAGAGCUAGACGGAGCCGAGGAUGCCAUACCUGCUAGAGAUGAAUCAGAGGCUGACAUGGCUGCAGAAACCAGCGAGGGAGCAGAGGCCAAGCCCCAGGACCACUCCCUGCAGUCAGAGGAGACAGCCCUCCCAGGGCCUGAUCACCAGCCCACAGACCUACAUGCAGUCUCUGACACGGCAUCUUCUGCAGUAGAGGCAGAAGAAGGUGCAGAAGAAUCAAAGGCUGAGGUGGUUACAGAAUCUGGGGAGAAGGCUGAGGACCAGGGGGAGCCUAGAUCUAGCAUGGAGGUUGGCUCAGCUAUAGAGGCCAAUGAAAAGUCUGAGGACACCCAGAGUUCCGAGACGAGGGAGACCGAGAAUGACCUUCCUGAGGGCCAGGUGUCAGGGAUGUCGGAGGAGGGCCUGGCUGAGGCCUCCUCUGAAGAAGAGGGUGGUGAAGAAGAUGGAAGUGAGGAUGAAGGAGUUCCAUCUAAAGAAGAGUCUGGAGAAGACAGUGGUGAUGGAGCUAGCUCAGAAGAAGAGGGGAGCACCCCUGGGGAGGCUGGAGAGCCCCAGAAAACACCAGGAGCCACAGGACAUGAGGAAGAAGGGGUCCAGCUUGAUGUGGAAGAUUUGAACACAGGGCCCGAGGGCAGCAAGACCCAGGACACAGAAGCAGAGGCAUCCGAAGAGAGACAACAGGGCAGAGGGAAUCCUGUAAUUGCUCAUUGGGAAGAGGCGGAGGAUGUGAGUGAAGACGCUCCCAUGAGGGACCGCUCCCACAUUGAGAAAACCCUGAUGCUGAACGAGGACAAACCAGCUGACGAUUACUCAGCGGUGCUGCAGCGGCUUCGGAAGAUCUACCAUACAUCCAUCAAGCCCCUGGAGCAGUCUUACAAGUACAAUGAACUUCGGCAGCACGAGAUCACAGAUGGGGAGAUCACUUCCAAGCCAAUGGUGCUGUUCCUGGGACCGUGGAGUGUGGGCAAAUCCACCAUGAUAAACUACCUCCUUGGCUUAGAAGAUACUCGAUACCAGCUUUAUACAGGUGCUGAACCUACCACCUCUGAGUUCACUGUCCUUAUGCAUGGGCCCAAGCUGAAGACCAUUGAGGGCAUUGUCAUGGCUGCUGACAGUGCCCGAUCCUUCUCACCACUGGAAAAGUUUGGUCAGAAUUUUCUGGAGAAGCUGAUUGGCAUUGAGGUUCCCCACAAACUUCUAGAACGAGUAACUUUCGUGGACACACCAGGCAUCAUUGAAAACCGCAAGCAACAAGAAAGAGGUUACCCCUUCAACGAUGUGUGUCAGUGGUUCAUCGACAGAGCCGACCUCAUCUUUGUUGUCUUCGAUCCCACCAAGCUGGAUGUGGGUCUGGAGUUGGAGAUGCUCUUCCGCCAACUGAAGGGCCGCGAGUCCCAGAUAAGGAUCAUCUUGAACAAGGCUGACAACCUGGCCACACAGAUGCUCAUGCGGGUGUAUGGAGCUCUCUUCUGGAGCUUGGCCCCUCUCAUCAACGUCACAGAGCCGCCACGGGUUUAUGUCAGCUCCUUCUGGCCACAGGACUAUAAGCCGGACACCCACCGGGAACUGUUCCUCAAAGAGGAGAUCUCUCUCCUGGAAGACCUGAACCAGGUGAUCGAGAACAGGCUGGAGAACAAGAUUGCUUUUAUUCGCCAGCACGCCAUCCGAGUCCGAAUUCACGCCCUGUUAGUUGACCGAUACCUGCAGACUUACAAGGACAAAAUGACCUUCUUCAGUGAUGGGGAACUGGUCUUUAAGGACAUUGUGGAAGAUCCUGAUAAAUUCUACAUUUUCAAGACCAUCCUUGCGAAGACCAACGUCAGCAAAUUUGACCUUCCCAACCGUGAGGCUUAUAAGGACUUCUUCGGCAUUAACCCAAUUUCCAACUUCAAACUCCUCUCUCAGCAGUGCUCCUACAUGGGGGGUUGCUUCCUGGAGAAGAUUGAACGAGCCAUCACCCAGGAGCUCCCCAGCCUUCUGGGUAGCAUUGGGCUUGGGAAGAAUCCAGGUGCUCCUAACUGUGACAAAACAGGCUGUGGUGAGACCCCAAAGAAUCGCUACAAGAAGCACUAGUUUCUGUGUAGCUGUUCUUGGGUCCCCAAUGGUGAAUAAGCU